UUCAAAGUAAACAACAAGCAGAAGCAGAAGCUGCAGCAGCUGUUGUUAUUGUUUUUUGGCAAAGCUUUAAAGCGGGUCAAACGCAUAAAUGAAAAAAAAAUAAAGCGUGUACGAAACGAAACGAAACGAAAAUGAAAUCAAAUGCAAUAAAUUCAAGUGAAAUGUGGCACAAAUAACGCCAAAAGUUUGCAGUUUAUAAUAAUAAAUAUCACGAGACGCGCGCAAAGCAUGGAAAUGCAAUUACGAAACGCCGAAAAUUGUGUAGCCAGUGUUGCCAAACGACAAAAAGUAGCCGAAGCCAAUGUUGAAAACAGCUAAAUCAGUUUAAAAUUACAACUGCUUACGGCUGACAAUAGCCAGAACUAGCUAGAAACUAGCUAAAUUGGCAACGCCGCGCGCAGCUAAGGCCUGUUGCCGUCCCGCUCGCUCGCGCGAGCAGACUAGCGCGAAAGCUCGGCGUAGUAUUUAAACAAAAACAAAAGAAGAAUAAAAAAAAGGUGAAAAAAAAGGUUGAAAAAAAAAGGCUAAAGUUCUAAUCACAGCCCCCGGAACCCGAAAUGCUACUGCACCUGGCGGCAUUGUUUUGAACACCUUUUGCGCAUCCACAAAUGGCCGCUAAACAACAGCAAGGCGUACGAUUUCCCAAGGCAGCAGCACAGAUAAGUCGCCAGCAAGACUUGAAUUAUUGCACGCAACUGCAGCAACAGCAGGAGGAGGAAGAGGCAGCAGUGACUGCAACUGCAACUGCAACCGCAAGACGCACAUAUUGCAACGCAGCUUCGGCUACAAACAAUUGUGGAAAAGUGUGCAAACGAACAAUAGAAACUAGAUAGAAAAUCAGCAAAAGCGGCAACAAAACAGAGCAACUGGCAACGGGCAGCUUGCAACGUGCCACAUAUAUAAACUACUUCUUUUUUUUUUGGUAUAUGCUUCGGUUACGAUGUCGUUGAUGAAAAUUCAUCGAAGCAAUGAAUCAUUUUGGCGCUGUGGAUCGUUCAUGUUGCUGCUGUCACUGUUGUUGCUGGCAGAGGCUGCCGCGACUGUCGCCAGCGAAACCCAAACGAGUGCAACAAAUGCUGCAAUUAGACAGCAGCAGCAGCAGGGGAUAGAGGCUGCAACUGCAACUUCAACGGCAACUGCUGUCAGCGAAAGCCAAAUGCCAGGCAGCUCGGCUGAAAUUUUGAGCGCCAGCGAUGUGGAUGUGGUUGGCGAGAAGCCCACGACGUACCGGCCCACGGCUGGCGGUCGCCCUUCGAUGGCGCCUCUCAACUCGGCGCUGGAGCGGGAUCGCAAGCUGCGGAAUGUGUUGGCUGCGCGCCGCACCGCACUGCAACGCGGCGGCUUUCGCACACGGAUCGGCACCACCGGACGCAGCGCCACCUCGCCGGCAGCGGCUGCCGUGGAGAGCACCUCGAAGUCGCCGAGCGAUCCGCGUUCCGUUUGCAUACGCAACUGCACCAAGAACUUCACGCGCCGCACCACCGCUAGCUGCAUGCGGCAAUGCGCCAACUUUACGCGCAUGGCCAUGCCGGGCACCGCCAGCAACAGCUCCUCGGUGGUGCUGCGGGCGCCCAGCAAGGCGGCCAGCACGGGCACGGCCACGGUCGAGCGCGAUACCAACGAGAUACUCUUCAGCGACGAGUCCUCGCACGGGCUCUUUGUCGUGGCCAAGGAGCAGAACGAUACGCUCAACCACAUUGCGGAUGCUGCCAAGUUGCCGGCGGCGGGCAAACAGCGUGGGCGUGGCAAGCCUAUGUUGGCCGCGUUGGAGCAGCAGGACGAGGUCGACGAGGCGGACGAGGAUGAGGCCGAGCUGCAACCCUAUCUGUACUUUGGCGCCAAGCUGCCGCCCAUCAAGCCCGGCGCACUAACCAUCACCCCGGCCGAGGGUGAUGAUUCUCAUCCGCGCGUGCUCGAGGUCUCCGUUAGCCAGGCCAGCAGCACCACCAGCACCACAGCAGAGCCGACGGCCGAACCCACCGUGUCCACGCGACGCCCCCUGACCGCCGUGGAGCGCAGUCGCAGCCGCUACAAAUAUCAUAUGCGCGAACGUGGCGUGGCGCCCACUGCACCACUGAAUCCACUGCCGCCGCUAGUCAGCAGCCGCACACGCUACGUGGGCUCGGGCCGACCCACAGCGGGUCUGGCCGAGAGCUCGGUGGAGCAAAAGCCCGUCGAGCCAGCCCGAGAUGAGCCCGAGCUGCUGCAAAAGCCCGCGCUGGUCCGUCGAGUGGCUGGCAAACCACAGACAUCAUCCACACCACUCAUCAUCACCGUAUUGAGCGCCGAGGAGGAGACAACGCCGGUGGCUCAAGCCGAGCCGGAGCCAAGCACCACGACAGAGCCACCCAUCAGCACAAGGAAGCCAACGACAAGCACCACCACAACGACAAGCACGACUACAACGACAAGCAGCACCACAACGACAAGCAGCACCACCACGACACCUGCCACAACGACAAGCACAAGCACCACAACAACCACCAGGCCAAGCACCACAACAACAACCACUCGGCCAACCACUACCACAACAACCUUUCAGCCAAGCACCACAAUUGCCGCUCCAACCAUCACAAGCACCACAAGCACACAGUCAGCCAAGACAAAGACCAUCAUCGAGGAGGAUACGGAACGUUUGCGUGCCUUGGGCCCUUCGCUUACGCAGGAGAUCAAUAUCGAGGAUCAGAAUAAUCUGAUCAUAUUCUGCAACAGCACCGCCAACUGUGCGGCGACACCUCGCACACCACCGCCACAGCUCGCGGUCACCACCGACUCCAGUUCGGGGUCGAAAAUAUUGCGCACCACGGUGCUGACAUCGGUGCGCUCCACGGUGAAUCCACGCACCACCAGCCCAGCGCCACCGCCGCCCCCCAACAUUUUCAUAGGCAUUGUGGAGUCCUCCGCCUCCGCCUCGACUCCAGCCGACGUCAGUUCCACGGCAAUUGCGGAGGAGCGUGAUGUGGAUCUGGAAAUGAGGCGCAUGAAUUUGGUCACACUCGUUCUGGUCGCUGUGGGCGUGGUUCCACUGGUGGCCAUUGUCCUGUAUUUGGUGCGCAACUAUGUGGUGCGCCGCCAGGCUAAGCAGGACGAUGUCUUCGAUGUGUGCAUCACAGAUCAGCAGCCGAUUAGCCCUGUCAAAAAGCUGGACUCCAAGUAUCAGCUGGAGCCGGACGAUGACGAGGUCGACCAUCAUCAGCAGCAGCAGCAGCUGGGCAUGCCCAUGUCCAACUCGCAGGCGCAACAGACGCCGCGCGACUCCAAUCACAAUCGCUACGAUGACAAAACAUCCUUGGCCAGCGAGUACCAGGAGUUUGAGCGCACCAACAUCCGCCUGAAGAGUCUGCUUGGCGAGGGCAACUUCGGCCAGGUAUGGAAGGCCGAGGCCGAUGACUUGAGCGGCCAUUUCGGUGCCACGCGCAUCGUCGCCGUGAAGACCAUACGCGCCUGCAGCGCCCAGGUCAGUCUCAAGGAUGAGGCCAACAUUAUGCGAAAGCUGGGCUCCCAUCAGAAUGUGGUCACGCUGCUGGGCGCCUGCGUUGAGAGCGAACCGCACAUGCUGAUCAUGGAGUACGCGAUGCGUGGACGUCUGCUGUCGCUGCUGCGGGCCGCACGCAGCGCGACAAAUAUUCUGCCCGCCUCGGUGCCGGGCGGACGCAGCCUGGCGCCGCUCUCGCCACGCACCCUGGCGGGCUUUGCGCUGGACAUUGCCUGCGGCAUGGAGUACAUAGCCGGGCACAGGAUUGUCCAUCGGGAUCUGGCGGCGAGGAAUGUGCUGCUGGAUCACAAUGGCAUGUGCAAGAUCUGUGAUUUUGGCAUGUCCAUUGAUCUGGAUGCGGAGCGCAUACGCAAGGAGCAGGAGAAGAAUGCGGCCAACGAUAUAAUGCGCAGCAAUGCGCAAAAGUUUAAGUUCGACUUUGGCAGUCGCUAUAUAUUGCAGCAUUGGCAGCACACCUUUGGCCAGAGCCAGCAGGGCGGCGGCUGCUCCAAGGAUCAGGCAGAGAAGAAGCAUCAUGGCCAUGAUACAAUUGGCAAGCGGCAUGCCCUGCCCAUACGCUGGAUGGCACCGGAGAGUCUACAGUUUCACAUGUUCACCACCGAAACAGACAUUUGGGCCUUUGGCAUCGUCCUCUGGGAGAUUGCCACGCUGGGCUCCACGCCGUACUCGCAUCUGACGGGCCGCGAGGUCAUACGCCGCGUGCCGCAGGGCCUGCGACCCGAGCUGCCCAAGGAGAGCCGGCACGAGUUCUACAAUCUGAUGUCACGCUGCUGGCACAAGGAGCCGCAGCUGCGGCCCACGUUCGCACAGUCGCGUCUGGAGAUCACACGAUCGCUGCACAAGUGGGUCGAUGAUGAUUCCGCCGCCUCGGACUAUAUGGACGUGAGCGGCUUUAGUGAGGAUCUCGAACAUGGCGUUGUCUACUUCAACCACCGCAUCUCGGAGUUUGAGUGCGAAAUAUGACGUUGACUGAAUCACCCCAUCCAGCAAUCCACCAUCAACAACCACCUGCACACUAGGGCCCGGCAUCGGUUAAUACAUUUGCCGCAAACUCGGGUACUCAAUCGAUUUAAACGAAAACCGACAGACUCGAGCUUAAAAGUAUCGAACUAAACGGAGACAUUCAUUCAAACGAAGUUGGAGCAACUCGAGCAGCUGAAACAUGUUCGAGCUAACGGCUUGAGACAAUACAUGCAGAUCGAUUAGCUCGAACGAGCUUGCAGCGAGUAAGAUUAGUUCUAUUGAACCGAAUCUUCGGUCAAGUCGAUCUUUCAAUUAUUAUAUUUUCCCAACUUGAGCUUAUUUUCAGCUUGAGAAUAAUUGUUCGAGUUUCCGAAGCGCGUUUCCUUUGAUUCGAUGCGGGGCUCUGUUGCACUCCAUCAUCUCGUCGCCAUUGCCCACCAACUAAUGUGUACAUCAGGCUCAUUCGCACACACACACACACACACACACACACACACACACACACACACACACCCCCACACACACUUCCUGUACCAUUUCAAAAUUCGCGUGCUUGUCGAGCAGUAUUAUUUGUAUCUUAUAUCUGUAUCUUUGCCUCUUAGAUUCGUUACGUUUUCGGUUGAGAGCUCUCUCUCUCUCAAUCUUUUGUAUAUAUUGUAUGCGUUGCACAUGAUUUAUUUUAUGAUUUUAUUAUUUAGGCCCUAUGUUUAAUUAAUGGCGCUACUUGUGCUUAGUUGAUAUUAGUCACUUAGUUCUUCUAGUCUAUAUCUAAAAUUCAUUUCCCAAGUUGAGCCGCCCAACGUAAUCCGUAGCCUUAGUCGAGUUGACUGCACCGCAAUAUAUGGCACAGAGUUUAGUUUUGAAAUUUAUUCUUCUCAACAUAGGACUUAAUAUUAUUGUUAUCGAUAUAGAAAUAUAUA